AUGGAGACCCGCAACCUCGACCACCGUCGCCAGAACUUCAAGGGCCGCACCCAGUUCUCCGCCGCAGAGCUUCGUCGCCGUCGCGAAGAGCAGCAGGUCGAAAUCCGCAGGCAAAAGCGCGAGGAGUCUAUCGCCAAGCGCCGUAACUUCCAGCCAACCGCCGAGGAUGUCGACUCGGAUGACGAGAAUGUCGAGUUUGGCGAGACACUGCCGCAGAUGCUCCAGGAGAUCUACUCGAACGACCAGGAGACCCAGCUUGAGGCGACCACCAAGUUCCGCAAGCUUCUCUCCAAGGAGAAGAACCCCCCAAUCGACCGUGUGAUCGAGUGUGGUGUCGUUCCCCGCUUCGUCGAGUUCCUCAACUCCAACAACGCUAUGCUGCAGUUUGAGGCCGCCUGGGCACUCACCAACAUUGCCUCGGGCACCUCGGAGCACACUCAGGUCGUCAUCGCCAACGGUGCCGUUCCUUUGUUCAUCCGCCUCCUCUCCUCCCCCGUCCCCGACGUCCGCGAGCAGGCCGUGUGGGCCCUCGGUAACAUAGCCGGUGAUUCCCCCAAGUGCCGCGACCACGUUCUCAGCCAGGGCGCCCUUCAGCCCCUGCUCCAGCUGCUCAAUGAGAACCACAAGCUCUCGAUGCUCCGGAAUGCCACCUGGACGCUUUCCAACUUCUGCCGUGGCAAGUCGCCUCAGCCGAACUGGGACCUCAUCUCCCCCGCGCUUCCCGUCCUCUCCAAGCUCGUCUACUCGCUUGAUGAUGAGGUUCUUAUCGACGCAUGCUGGGCCAUCUCGUAUCUUUCGGACGGCACCAACGACAAGAUCCAGGCCGUUAUCGACUCGGGUGUCUGCCGUCGCCUCGUUGACCUGCUCAUGCACCCCUCGACGGCUGUGCAGACUCCCGCACUGCGCUCGGUUGGCAACAUUGUCACUGGCGACGACUUCCAGACUCAGGUUGUUAUCAUGUCGGGUGCGCUCCCCGCGCUCCUCAGCCUCCUCUCGUCGCAGAAGGAGGGCAUCCGCAAGGAGGCAUGCUGGACCAUCUCGAACAUUACCGCCGGCUCGCCCAACCAGAUCCAGGCAAUCAUUGACGCCAACAUCAUCCCUCCCCUCAUCAACAUCCUCUCCAACGCCGACUUCAAGACUCGCAAGGAGGCUUGCUGGGCCAUCUCGAACGCCACCUCUGGUGGUCUCUCGGAGCCCCAGCAGAUCCGCUACCUUGUUAGCCAGGGCUGCAUCAAGCCCAUGUGCGAUCUUCUCCAGUCGAUGGACAACAAGAUCAUUCAGGUUGCCCUUGACGGUCUCGAGAACAUUCUCAAGGUCGGUGAGAUGGACAAGGAGGCUGCCGGAGCAGGCGCCUACAACCAGUAUGCCCAGUUCAUCGAGGAGGCUGGUGGCAUGAUCUCCAUCCACAACCUCCAGCACCACGAGAACCUCGAGAUCUACAAGAAGUGCUUCUACAUCAUGGACAAGUUCUUCCCCGAUGAUGAUGAGGAGGAGGCCGAGGGUGCCGCCCCCGAUGUCGACUCGUCGGGCCAGUACGCCUUCCAGUCCAACGUCGCAGCUCCCCAGGGCGGCUUCAACUUCGGCGCCUAA